AUGGCCAACGCGGGGUUGCAGCUGCUGGGCUUCAUCCUGGCCUUCCUGGGCUGGAUCGGCGCCAUCGUCAGCAUCGCCAUGCCCCAGUGGAAGAUCUACUCCUAUGCCGGCGACAACAUCGUGACCGCUCAAGCCAUGUACGAGGGGCUGUGGAUGUCCUGCGUGUCGCAGAGCACCGGGCAGAUCCAAUGCAAAGUCUUCGACUCCUUGUUGAACCUGCCAGCUGUUCUGCAAGCAACAAGGGCCUUAAUGGUGAUUGGCAUCCUGUUGGGACUGGUAGCAAUCUUUGUGGCCGUCAUGGGCAUGAAGUGCAUGAAGUGCAUGGAAGAUGAUGAAACACAGAAGCUGAGGAUGGCUGUCAUCGGGGGGGCAUUGUUUUUAUUUGCAGGUAUGGCAAUUUUAGUUGCCACAGCAUGGUAUGGCAAUAGAAUUGUUCAAACAUUCUAUGACCCAAUGACCCCAGUUAAUAACAGGUAUGAGUUUGGUCAGGCUCUCUUCACUGGCUGGGCUGCAGCUUCUCUCUGCCUUCUGGGAGGUGGCCUGCUCUGCUGUUCCUGUCCCCGAAAAUCAACCUCUUACCCAACACCACGUCCCUAUCCGAAACCAACACCUUCCAGUGGAAAAGACUACGUGUGA